AGAAAUAGGGCAGCCGCGGCAGCGGUGGCACAGCGGCGGGCGGCGGAGGCUCAGAGAGCUGGAGCUUGGACUGUCUCUAGCACGCCGGGGGACCAGCCGACAGCCGGAGACGACCCAGCGGAGGACGCGGGGUCCGGGUCGCCGCCUCUGUCGCCGCCACGGGGCGCUACCUCCCUUACACCCGAGUCCGGCCACCUGGUCUUUCCCUCGGCCCCGGCCGCCGUAGACUGGACAAAAUGAAACCAGGAGGCUUCUGGCCACAUCUUGCCCUACUUGGGGUCUCCCUGCCGGCCGUGCUGGGAUGGAUGAACCAAGGAGCCAGCAGAAGUCCGAAUAUGGUUCCCGGAGAGUCACAGGCAGAGGAAAUCAGAGGCUUUGAAGUCACAAGAAGAGAAGGUCUCCCCAGCCCUGGGCUGUCAGCGUCCUGUGGGAAGAAAGUCUGCAGCCACGGGAGCAGGUGCUUGCUCAAUAGGACGACAGGGCAGCCCUCGUGCCAGUGUCUGGAGGUGUGCAGGCCCCGCUACAUGCCCGUGUGCGGCUCCGACGGGAGGCUCUACGGGAACCACUGUGAGCUUCGCCGUGCAGCCUGCCUGCUGGGCAAGCGAAUUGUCAGGGUACACAGCAAGGACUGCUUCCUCAAAGGAGACAUGUGCACCAUGGCUGGCCAUGCUCAUCUCAAAAAUGUCCUCCUGGCCCUCCAGAGCCGCAGACAGCCGCUCCCACAAGGAACCCCCGGGCAAAGCCUCGCCUCCCAGAAGCGCCUCUUGGUGGAGUCCCUGUUUAAGGACUUGGACACCGAUGGCAGUGGGCACCUCAGCAGCUUGGAGCUGGCUCAGUACGUGCUAAAGGAGCAGGACAUGGACGGUUCGCUGUACAGAUGCGUCCCCGGCGACCUCCUGCGAUUUGAUGACUAUAAUAACGAUGGCUCCUUGACCCUUGGAGAGUUCUACACAGCCUUCCAGGUGAUUCAACUGAGCCUCGCCCCUGAGGACAAGGUCAGUGUGACCACCGUGACCGUGGGCCUGAGCACGGUGCUGACCUGCGCUAUUCGUGGAGACCUGAGGCCACCAGUCAUCUGGAAACGCAACGGGCUCACUCUGAGCUUCCUAGGCCUGGAGGACAUCAAUGACUUUGGCGAGGAUGGUUCCCUGUACAUCACCAAGGUGACCACAGUCCACAUGGGCAACUACACCUGCCAUGCCUUGGGCCAUGAGCAGCUGGUCCAGACCCACGUCCUGCAGGUGAAUGUGCCACCAGUCAUCCGUGUCUAUCCAGAGACCCAGGCACAAGAACCUGGGGUGGCAGCCAGCCUUCGGUGCCAUGCUGAGGGCAUCCCCCUGCCCAGAAUCAUUUGGCUGAAAAACGGCAUGGAUGUCUCAACCCAGACAUCCAAACAGCUCUCCCUCUUAGCCAAUGGAAGCGAGCUCCACAUCGGCAGUGUUCGCUAUGAAGACACCGGGGCGUAUACCUGCAUUGCCAAGAAUGAAGUGGGUGUGGAUGAAGAUAUCUCAUCACUCUUCAUUGAGGACUCUGCUAGGAAGACACUGGCAAACAUCUUGUGGCGGGAAGAAGGCCUCAGCGUGGGAAACAUGUUCUAUGUCUUCGCCGACGAUGGCAUCGCUGUCAUCCACCCUGUGGACUGUGAGGUCCAGAGACGCUUGAAACCUACAGAGAAGAUCUUCAUGAGUUAUGAAGACAUCUGUCCUCAUGUGGAAGGAGAUGCUACCCAACCAUGCCAAUGGGCCUCUGCAGUCAACGUCAGGAACCGGUACAUCUACGUGGCCCAGCCAGCACUGAACAGAGUCCUCGUGGUCGACGUUCAAGCCCAGAAGGUCUUACAGUCCAUAGGUGUGGACCCUCUGCCAGCUAAGCUGUCCUAUGACAAGUCACAUGACCAAGUGUGGGUCCUGAGCUGGGGAGACAUGCACAAGUCCCAACCAAGCCUACAGGUGAUCACAGAAGCCAGCACCGGCCAAGGUCAGCACCUCAUCCGAACACCGUUUGCAGGAGUGGACAAUUUCUUUAUACCGCCAACGAAUCUCAUCAUCAACCAUAUCAGGUUUGGCUUCAUCUUCAACAAGACUGACCCCGCUGUCCACAAAGUUGACCUGGAAACUCUGAUGGCACUGAAGACAAUCAGCCUACGUCACUACGGCUGCAUGCCUCAGGCCAUGGCACACACCCACCUCGGCGGCUACUUCUUCGUGCAGUGUCAACAGGACACCCCUACCUCCACUGGUCCACAGCUGCUCAUUGACAGUGUCACAGACUCAGUGCUAGGCCCCAACAGUGAUAUCACAGGCACCCCCCACGUGUCCCCUGACGGACGCUUCAUCGUCAGUGUCUCCAGCAAGGACCCCUGGCUGCACGUGCAGGAGGUCACAGUGCGCGGGGAAAUCCAGACACUAUAUGACCUAAAAAUAAACCCAGGUGUCUCUGACUUGGCAUUCCAGCAUUCCUUCACAGAAGGUAGUCAGUACAAUGCCUAUGCCACUCUCGACAAGGAGCCAGACCUGCUGUUCCUGGAGCUGUCCACUGGGAAGAUGGGCAGGCUGAAGAACUUAAAGGAGCCACCCAGAGGGCCAGCCCCACCCUGGGGUGGACCCCGAAGAGUCCUGAGAGACAGCGGGCUCUUUGGACAGUACCUCCUCACACCAGCUCAAGAGUCACUGUUCCUGGUCAACGGGAGACAAAACGCCCUGAGAUGCGAGGUUUCGGGCAUAAAGGGUGCGGCCACAGUGGUAUGGGUUGGGGAGGUAUGAAAGGGUCUGAUGAAGAACCACCCUUGUCCUGACUCUGCAGCCCCAACCAGGCGCGCUGUACAUUUUCACAGACAAAAAAAAAAAGUACAAAAAUACAAAAAAACAAAAAAACAAAAACAAACAAACAAAAAAAAAAAAAAAACAAGCCAAACCCUGUACUUCGCUUUGUGGUUCAACACUGAUCUCCGUGCCAAGUUCCCUAGUAUAAGGUAUGCGCUGCAACCAAGAUUGGGCGGUCUUCAUCCAGAAGUAUGAUUUAAUACCGUGAGCUAUGACGAGAACACACGCAGCUGUGUGCAGGAAGGUCAUCUCCGUGCCCGGUUGCACACCGUGUUGCCUGGGGACACCACAGAACCGAGGGGGCCUGCUGUCCAAGCUGACACUUCUGUCAGUCGCCUUCACGUAGUCAUUAUCGUAACCUGCCAGCCCCAGCCAGUCUGUGCCCUGAAGGAGUGGCCUGAGCAGCAGGCUGUCCCUCUCAGUGAGCGAACGUACCCUGCCUGGGAACCUCACUUACACCAUUGAUUGCAGAUGCUAUUUGCUUGCUUUCCAGUCUGAAUGCUGAAUCCAUGA